GGGAGUAAGGGAGGGCCAGACCCUGAGAGGCCUAUGGUGCCCCCAAAGCCUGAUUUUUACAUACUACUGCUGCUGCUGCUGGCAUUUCUUGGAUCUGCUCUGGGCUGGCCUGGGUCUCAGUCCUGCAGUGUCCAGGAGGUACUCCGUCACUACCAAGCCGUCAUCUUCCAGGACUUGCAGGCUGCCAUGCAAUGGGCUGGGAUGGGAGUCCAACAUACAGAGCCUGGAUCCCGACACCACCGCUUCAUUCAGAAAAAUCUGACUGGAGCUGGCAGAGGUCAGGGACAGCCAGGGACCUCCUGUGGUGCCCAAAAGGAGAGUAGCAUCCUACUAUCUAUUGAGUCCUUGGGUCAGACCCUUCUUGGGAGUGUGGCUGGAGUACCCCACAAUGCAUUAGAGAAAGCGGCAUGGACAGUGGCAGUGCGCACCGAGGCAGUGAUACGCAGACACUGCCGAACAUCCUACAGGAUCCAGCAGCCAAAGAAGCAACCGCUACAGCCACGCAACAGGCGGAGGCGGCUCCUGCUACGUGCCCUAUAUGCUGUCGCCACCUGCUGGGAAAAGCUCUUUGCACUAAGUGCCAUGGCUACCCGUGAAUUCUAGCAUUGUCCCUGUUCUUGCUCUCACUUCUUACAGAAGAUUGGAAACAAACUGAUUUGUGUUUUGGUAACACCCUCUCUCUCGGCUCACUGCUUCCACUCAAAGGUCCAGGGUGUGUAUACACCCAUUGAGGCCCCAAUAAAUGGAGCUAAU